UCCGGUUGUCUGAACGUUUACGUGCAACAUGGCUGACAGCGUGGAUAUCGAAGUGGCAGCAAAUGCUACUUUGAACGAGACAGCUGCCAAUGCGACAGCUAAAAUACCUGCUACUGUUGAAGGAAUGUCGAUUGCAUAUUUGAGUCUCUUUUUACAAGCGAUUGUUCCGAUUUUCAUUGGCUCAUUUCGUUCUGUAAAACACCAUCAGGAGCAAAAGGAAUCAGGAGAAAAGCCAGAAACCUUAUCUCAUAAAGAUGCAGCCUUGUUUCCAUUAAUUGCCAGUGGAACUCUACUUGGCAUAUACAUUGUAUUUCAGAUUUUCUCUAAGGAGUACAUCAACUUGCUGCUGGCAUUCUAUUUCUUCUUUCUGGGGGUAUUGGCACUGGCACACAUUGCUGCACCUCUGUUUGAGAAGGUGAUUCCUUCAUCUUUUCCCAACAUGGAUUAUCAUCUUAUUUUCACUCAAGGAAAAGGAGAAAGUAAAGAAGAGAUCAUGAAUUAUGAAUUUGAUCGUAAGGACCUUGUUUGUCUUGCUGCAUCUGUUGUUGUUGGAGUUUGGUAUCUGGUCGAAAAGCACUGGAUUGCCAAUAACCUGUUUGGACUGGCUUUUGCCAUAAAUGGAGUUGAGCUGCUUUCUCUGAACCGAAUCAGUACUGGCUGCAUCCUGUUAGGAGGGCUUUUUGUCUAUGACAUCUUCUGGGUAUUUGGCACUAACGUCAUGGUUACAGUGGCCAAGUCCUUUGAAGCUCCCAUCAAAUUGGUCUUUCCUCAGGACUUGCUUGAGAAAGGACUAGGGGCAGACAACUUUGCCAUGCUGGGCCUUGGUGACAUCGUCAUUCCUGGCAUUUUCAUCGCUCUUCUUCUACGCUUUGACAAUAGUUUGAAGAAUGACAAGAAAACAUAUUUCUACUCGGGAUUCAUUGCCUACUGCCUGGGGCUUGUCACCACCAUUCUAGUCAUGCAUGUUUUUAAACAUGCACAGCCAGCUUUGUUGUAUCUUGUACCUGCCUGUAUAGGAAUACCUGUCUUGGUGGCUUUGGUCAAAGGGGAUAUUAAAUUAAUGUUCAGUUAUGAGGAUCAUAGUGACGAGAAAAAAGAGGUACCAGUCAAAGAUGCCAAAAAGGAAAAGUGAUUUUCUCAAACAUUUAUUAGAAUUAUGACAUGCAUCACAAAAUCAAACUCUUUUCUUUUUCUCUUUGUUCCUUAUCCUGUCUGCCAUAACUUUUCUCUGUGACACUCUGGUGACUUUGUCAGUUGUCAACCUUUUUAGCUUUGAUGUUGUUAAAGGAAGCAGGGUGCAUUUCAUGUUUUCAGCGGUGUGAUCAUAUGUUAAUAUUUUGUUUUGUAGAAUUUAUUUCUGGUAUGGCAUUUUUGAUUUGUGCAUGUCUUGUGAGAUCUUUCACUGCUGAAGACAUCUGAAUUACCCAUAACACUGGUGCAGUCUUAUUACCAAGCUGUUAACUCGAAUGAAUUUUGUUGUCAGUGUGUCUUGCAUAGUGUGAAUAAAUAUAGCUUAUUAUACCCACUGCCAGAGAUAUUACCUGAAGCGUUUGAUGAUGUGUGUAUUAGACAUUCUAUCUGUCUACAUCUUUUGCAGAGGAAGAUGUUUUUGUUGCACGGUUUUCAUAUCAUGACUGCAGCAUUAUCAAUGUGUUAAAGAAUGUAAUAUUUAACAUGUGCAAAAGCAAUAUGCUCCUUCAAACAUUGUAAAGGUAAUGUACAUAUAAUGACAAAAGUGGAUAUUUCAUGGCAUCUGCUGAUAGUUAUGAAUAGUAUGCAGACUGGGUUUUUGGGAGAAUAUUCUGGCAAACUUUUAGGCUGCAAUCUGCCGUGCCAGUUACAAAAUGGAAAAUGGUUUAGGUUUUUUUCUUUUCAAGACUUCCUUUCAUUGCUCAGAUCCCAGCAUCAAAAUAAGUGUUUCCAGAUGUCUUCCAGUUGUUCAAAUACUUGACUUUCAGAAGAACAGUUGUGGGCUGCAUUAUUUGGAUCAUAAUUUUGAGCAGUUAUAUAAUUCAGUAUUUUAAAAUGUAUAUUUUCAGUUGUUUAAAACCUUGCAGAAAAACCACAUGCAGAGUUUGUAUUCAUGAAAUUGUGACAGGCUAAGUACUGUUUUAGGUGAUUCUCUUUAAAUUCCUUUUGUAUGAUCCUAAUAUAUGAGCAGCAUUAUGUUCAUGUAUAAAGCACUGUUUUUCUUACAGAGUGAUUGGAAGUUCAUAUAACUUUUGAAUGCUUGCUCAUCACCUUUUCUAUUUACAUGCCUAUCAUGUUUGUAUGCUAUUUAAUUUGAUUGAGAAAUACAGGUGGUUAUCCGCAUUAGGCAAGUUCUAAUUUCUUUCUUUUUCAUGAUCAGAUCUGUCUUGUACCACAGUCAGUCUUAAUUUGUUUUAGAAAAAACAGGUUCUGCUGCAUGUAAACAUCUGUCACAUCUGGCAGGCAGUAUGAAAGUUAAUGUCUCUUGUGUGUUAAUGUGCCUUUUACCCAUGUUGUGCAUUCUGAUGUUUUAAACAUCUGGGUGAUUCCAAACAAGAACUAAAAUGUUGCUUUUAAUCUGCACUGUCGACAAAUUUCUGUACUUUAGAGGAGGGGAUAGAUGUAACAUUUUAUCUGCCAUAUUAUUUUGGCUUAUUUCAUGAUUUGUCUGGGAAUGUGUUCUUUUUUGAUUGCUUGUUUCUGUUUUGUUGUCACGAGACAGCUGGAUCUCUAGAAUUAAAGAGAGGAACUUAAA